UUUUUCCUUCUAAGUUCCCUCGAAUUCAAUCUAGCUACCCGUCAAGUUUAUCUAGGACUAGAAGCAAAGGACUCAAGAGAUAUAAAUAUAUAUAUAGAAGUUCUACUUGAAAUAUUCAUUCACAUAUACUCAAGCUUUUAAUUUUCAAUUUUUCAUCACUUGUGCCUUGUGACAAUUGAGCAGUGAACUAAUCAACCAUUGGAGGAAAGUAUUCAAGAAAAUGGGUGAGGAAGAAACAUACAACUUGCCCUUGAUUCAAAGAAGAAGAACCGGUAAUGUUUGGAGUGCAGUGGCACAUAUUAUAACUGGGGUGAUAGGGGCAGGUGUGCUGUCAUUAGCAUGGUCUGUGGCUCAGUUAGGGUGGAUUGCUGGUCCACUUGCCAUUCUACUCUUUGCAGGGACUACCCUUGCUUCAACAAACCUUCUCUGUGACUGCUACAGAUUCCCUGAUCCUGAAUAUGGAACCAUCACAAGCUCCUCCUACAUGGGUGCUGUCAAACUCUACUUAGGAGAUAUAAGGGAAAAGGUGUGUGGAGUACUGGUGCAUGCAAGUUUAUUUGGGACCACUACAGCUUAUGUCAUUACAUCUGCUACCAGCAUCAGAGCGAUUCUGAAAUCAAAUUGUUAUCACAAAGAAGGACACCAUGCUCCUUGUCAAUAUGGGGAUUCCAUGUAUAUGGUGCUGUUUGGAGUUGUUCAGGUCAUCAUGUCAUUCAUACCAGAUCUCCACAACAUGGCUUGGGUUUCAGUUGUUGCAGCCAUCAUGUCCCUUACAUACUCAACUGUUGGACUAGGACUUGGCAUCAAAACAGUCAUUGAAAAUGGAAGAAUGAUGGGGAGUGUAACAGGAGUACCAACUUCAAAUAUAGCUGACAAGUUAUGGUUAGUUUUCCAAGCACUUGGGGAUAUUGCCUUUGCCUAUCCAUACACUGUCAUCCUCCUUGAGAUAGAGGACACUUUGGAGUCUCCUCCACCAGAGAACAAGACCAUGAAAAAGGCCUCAAUGAUUGCUAUCUUGACUACAACAUCCUUCUACCUUUGCUGUGCUUGCUUCGGAUUUGCAGCUUUUGGAAAUCAAACACCAGGAAACCUCUUGACAGGGUUUGGCUUUUAUGAGCCUUACUGGCUCAUUGACUUUGCUAAUGCUUGCAUAGUUCUUCAUUUGGUUGGAGGAUACCAGAUUUACUGCCAGCCAAUAUAUAGUGCUGUUGAUAGAUGGUGUUCAAGAAAUUAUCCCAACAGUGGCUUUGUGAAUAAUUUCUACAGAUUGAAGCUGCCUCUGUUGCCAGCUUUUCAGCUAAACAUGUUGAGAAUAUGUUUUAGAACAGCCUAUGUAAUUUCCACCACUGGACUUGCAAUAUUGUUCCCUUACUUCAAUCAAGUUCUAGGAGUGUUAGGAGCCUUAGGCUUUUGGCCAUUGGGUAUAUAUUUCCCAGUGGAGAUGUACUUUGUGCAGAAUAAAGUUGAAGCUUGGUCUAGAAAAUGGCUUGUUCUUAGGAGUUUUAGCUUUGUUUGCUUCCUUGUGACAGUUUUGGGGCUCAUUGGAUCACUUGAAGGAAUCGUUAGUGAGAAACUAAGCUAAGGUUUAUAGUACUUUGUGCAGAAGAUAUUUAUUUUGAGUUUUGUCCCCUUAGUAGAUGUUUGGUUCCAUGAUUCAAACAUAUAAUCUAAGACAGUUUACUCAGAAGUGAUUCUAGAGAGGAACCCAACAUACUUCAUGUAAUUCAGUUUCACGUUCAUUCAUAGAAAACUAUACAAUAUUUUUAUACUUAAUUUCUUUUUUCCAAUUGUAA